UCAAUUGUAAUUUUGAUGCAACUGUACACAAGUUGUAAUUAGUCAGUGCUGUGAUUUUUCCCGGGCUACGGUGCUGACUGCACCGUUAUUCGAGUGCCGCACCGUGUGUCAUCGCAACGAACGGUGGCCAGCGGAAGCACAUUGCAGCGGGAGAUGGCUGGCCAGAUAGUGACGGCCGAUUACAUCAUGCUGCCUCCGGCGGUUGCUGCCAGCGCCGUCUUACUGCCACACAACACGCUCUUCACGCUUGUGAUACUUUCCUUUGAAAUGUGUGCUUUUCCGCUGCGAACCACGUGCAGUGUUGUGUAAAUAAUCCUGCAAGUUUACGAAGACUUUGUCGCGAAUAACGUAAGGUGUCAGUAUCAUGGUGUUGCUGACGUAUCGGCCGUUGAUGGUGCUGUUUCUGGGAGGUCUGCAGUGUAUCCUGGGAUAUGCUCUGGUGUUGACCAAUAUCAUAGCUUUUAAACUGGCGCCCACCCUGAAGAGCGACACCGCCCUGGCCUUCUGGUUGGGCGUGUUCUGCAUGCUGGUGGGCAGCGCCGGCGUCAUCAGUGGCCGGCCGCCCGGACCACACCCUCAGGACCGGCGCUACUUCAUCAUCGCCACCGUGAUUCUCAGCACGAUGUCGUUGUUCUUCGUAGCCACGACGUUGGCGUUAUCCACCGUGUUUGCGUCGCAACCGGUCCAGGAAGUUCCCAGUGAACACCGCAACUGUCACACCGAUAAAAACGGCGGUGGCCCGAUGGUGUGCGCCACUGUCCCCAGGGGACCCGGCAGCGACUCGUCGGCCGAACGCGCGAUACUACACGCCAAUCUCGUCUUUGAAUUACUGCUGCUGCUAGUUGGUCCUGCACAGAUACUCUUCGCCACGGUGAAUAUCUGCAGAUUACCGGCAAAACGGCCACGAAAUGCUGAAGUUACCAACGGACAUUUAACCCCGAUCAUGCCUACGAAAUAAUCACAGCACAUCGGCGUUGUGAUGAUUAUUGAUUGUUGAAUUUUUUGUUGUUAAACUUUACAAAAUGGUGCGUUUGUUGCUGUUUUCUCGGAUUGUUCUCUUAACACUAAGCUCCUAAUUGUUCUAAAUGUAGCGCUCGUUUUCGAUGAAAGAGCGAUGGA